UAUAAUUUAAACUUUAAUAACUGUUGUCUAGUUUAAAUUUAAUACAUCGAAAUAUUCGAAAUAUAUUUCAAAUGGCUUCGAAAAAGUGUCUGAAUUUAGCAAAAGUGAAAGACGAGUUAGUCGAUGGUGUAUAUAUCAGACCAUCAAAGAAAAAAAUAAUGACAUCGCAAAUCGUCACUAAUGACGAGCUAACAAAUUUGAUUCAAGAACGUUUGGCUAAUCGGCGUACUGGUGAACGUACAGAAUUUGCUAAUCAAUUAGCUAGAAAAUUAAUUAAAAAAUUGCAUGAUCAAGAUGUAAAGCUUCGAAAAACUAAUGGGAAAAAAAGAAGUGGGUUAGUUACUCAAAUUAUAGAUGAAAAAAGUGGUCACUUAAAUAUGGAAAGAGUUAAAGAAGAAGUUCUUUCUGAAUCUGAUUUAAUUGAUGAUUUUGAUGCAGAUAAUACACCACCUCCUAAGAAGCGUAACCCCCCUAAGAUGACUUGUAAAGAAAUGGCAAUGACUAUUAUAAAUUGCAAAAAAGUAUUAGAAGAUAAGACAACAUUAGAUAAAAAAGUUGCAAAUAAGUUUACAUGUGCUCUCAAGUCAAGAUUAGCUUAUAAAUUGAAAAAAAAACCAAAUAAUUCAAGUAAAUAAUUUAUUUUUAUUUUUCUGUGCUUAUCUUAUACUCUGUCCCACAAGAAAACAUGCUGAUAGAAUGAGUUACUCCAGCUGACUGUGCCAAAAAUUCACUUCAAGUGUAUUGAUAUCGCCUAUCAAAAAUAUCAAGCGGUAGUGCUACUGUUACCAUGCCACCAUYGACAUCUACUGACAAUCACAGUCAAUCUGUAAAGAUUUUGGUGAGAGAUGCGCAAAUCAGUUUUCAUUUUUCACAUGGCAUGUUCUCUCAUGAGACAGAGUAUAGUAUUUAAUUUAUUCAUAAAGUUGUAUACAUUGAGAUUUGAGAAUAUUUAUUUUCAUGAAAAUUUAUUAUUAAAUGGCAACCAAUAAGAAGUCCACUACUUAGGUAGUUACAAUUCUGUAAACAAACAUACACAACCCCUAAAAAUUAUGAUUCCCCUGGUUAAGCUUCUUUGGAGUUGGAAAAUAAUUUUUUAUUUAAUUGUAUUAUAUUUAAUAUACCCUAUUUAAAACCAACUUUAUACUGGUUUUAGUUACCUAACCAUGCCACUGCUCCAUGGUAAUAAAUGAUAGUGGGUUUAGGAAAAAUCUUUAGUUUACUAAGAAGUGUAUGUAAUUUUUUUUUGAAUUAUAUUUACUAUAUUUAUGUGAUGGCGUUAAAACGGUUUAAAAUUAAAUCGG